AUGAACCCAAAGAAGUGCGCGUUUGGGGUUUCAUCCUGCAAAUUCUUGCGGUUCCAAGUGCACCAACGCGGCAUAGAUGUGGAUCUAGAAAAGACCAGAGCCAUAAACUCUCUUGCACCGCCUAGAAGCCCAAAAGAAUUAAAAAGCUUCAUAGGAAGAUUAUCAUACAUUCGACGCUUCAUCCCAGGCCUUGCUACAACAAUGAGCAUGUUUACUCCUUUACUCAAGAAGGGCAAGCCUUACGAAUGGAGCAAGGAGUGCCAAGAAGCCUACCAGCAAGUACAACAAUUGAUUACCAAGCUACCCACCAUGAGAGCGCCCAUUCUAGGACUACCGCUCAAAUUUUAUUUGACUGCAACGAAUGCAACGGUUGGAGCUUUGCUUGCUCAAGACGACCAUGGCGGGGAAAAAAGUCCUAUUUAUUAUGUAAGUAGACAGUUAAGGGGGGUUGAAACGAGAUAUCAGAAGACCGAGCUCUUGUGCCUUGACCUUGUUUAUGCUGCACAGUGUCUGCGACAUUACUUCCUUGCCCACAAGCUACAGCUCAUAGUAAAGUCUGACCUCGUAAGAUACUUGCUCACGAGGCCGGUGCUAUCUGGACGUCUUGCACGCUGGUUGCUACUGCUGUCCGAAUUUGAUAUCACGUGCAUAACUCCUAGAGUUAUCAAGGGACAAGCCAUGAUUGAUAUGUUAGCUUUAUUUCCUGAAGUAGAGGAGCCUACCCUCUCCGAAGAGGUUUUGAGGGAGCUGCCGAAAAUGGUUGCCAUUGCUAUAGAGGAGGAACUAUGCACCCUAUACUUUGAUGGUUCUUCCACGUCAAAAUGA